AUGUCACUCAACAUUGAGAAGCUCUUGACUGAGCUUACAAUCGACGAGAAGAUUAGCCUUGUUACCGGUAGGGACUUCUGGCACACGGCCAACAUUGAUCGCCUGCAAAUUCCAUCAAUACGGAUGUCAGAUGGGCCUAAUGGUGUUCGAGGAACGAAAUUAUUCAAUGGCGUUCCAGCAGCGUGCUUUCCAUGUGGAACCGCAAUCGGUGCAACUUGGGAUGUGAAGCUUGCCCGAAAAGUAGGAGAGUUGCAAGGAAAAGAAGCCAUCGUAAAAGGGGUUGCCGUUAUUCUCGGACCAACAGUGAAUAUGCAGCGAUCUCCACUCGGCGGUCGAGGCUUUGAGUCCUUCGGUGAAGAUCCGAUCUUAUCAGGCACGAUCGGUGCUGCGACCGUGAACGGAAUUCAGUCGACUGGUGUAUCUGCUGCCAUCAAACACCUUGUGUGCAAUGAUCAAGAAGAUCAAAGGCAAUUGGUUGACAGCAUUGUUACUGAGAGGGCUCUCCGAGAAAUCUAUUUACUGCCUUUUCAAAUCGCACAACGAGAUGCUGGUCCAAAGUGCUAUAUGACUGCAUAUAACCGCUUGAAUGGUCUACACUGCAGCGAGAACCCUGGUUUAAUCCAGCAAAUCCUUCGCGAGGAAUGGGGCUUUGAUGGACUCGUGGUAUCAGACUGGUUUGGAACCUACUCUACAUCUGAGGCCCUGAAGGCCGGGUUAGAUUUGGAGAUGCCGGGGCCAUCUCUCCUUCGUGGUGGGCUGAUCAUGCGAGCAUUGACUUGCGGCAAGCUAUUGCCACAUGAGCUCGAUGCCCGGGUCCGUGAAGUGCUGAAGUUGGUGAAUCACGCAAUGGCAUUGGGACUUCAGGAGAAUGCACCUGAGCGGACCAUUGACACCCUUGAAACAGCAGAAUUGCUCCGAACGGUGGCCUCGUCAGCCAUAGUUCUGCUGAAGAACGACAAUAACAUCCUUCCUUUCAACACACAAAAGACCACGGCAGUGAUUGGGCCAAACGCUGCGUUGGCCGCUUACUGUGGAGGUGGUUCAGCUGCUCUUUUCCCAUAUCAUGCAGUUUCUCCUUUGGAAGGCAUCCGGAGCCAGACAAAGUCAUGUCAGUAUACCCUGGGAUCCCCGGGAUGGAAACGACUGCCUUUGCUUUCAGACCUAUUCCGAAGUGCAAAUGGCUUGGUUGGCCUUGACAUGGUUGUCUAUCUUGAGGAUCCAUCUAUCCGCAACAGGAGCCCGGUGGAUCAUAUCCACGUUAGCAACUCUGAGGUGUUUUUAAUGGACUACAAGAACCCCAAAAUCCAUGGUUACCUCUACUACGCCGAUUUUUCUGGAACAUUGACUCCUGAAGCUUCUGGCCAAUAUGAGUUCAGCAUCACUGUUGCGGGAACUGCUAAGCUUUAUGUCGAUGGGUAUUGCGUUGUCGAUAAUGCCACUAAGCAGACCAGAGGGGAUAGCUUUUUUGGAACAGGCACGACUGAGGAGAUUGGGUCAAUUUGGCUCCAGGCCGGGAAGACUUACAGCAUUCAUGCUGAAAUGGGGACCGAUCCGACAAUCACAUUUCAACGUCCUGGUGCCAGCGGUUUCGGCGCCGGUGGAGUUCGCUUUGGAGCGGCUAAAAAGAUUUCCCUCGAAGAGGAGAUCGAAAAAGCGGUUACCAUGGCGGGGAGUGUGGAUCAGGUUGUUCUCUGUGUUGGCCUGAAUGGCGAUUGGGAAAGCGAAGGCGCUGACCGACAGAACAUGGAUCUGCCACCAGGAACAGAAGAGCUUAUUGAGGCUGUGCUUCAAGCAAAUUCAAAUACGGCCAUUUUGAUGCAAUCCGGAACACCAGUCACAAUGCCCUGGAUUGAUAAGGCACAAGCACUGCUUCAAGCUUGGUAUGGGGGAAAUGAAACCGGCCAUGCUAUUGCUGACGUGAUUUUUGGUGCCGUCAACCCUAGCGGAAAGCUGCCUUUAACUUUUCCAGCUCGCAUUGAGGACAAUCCUGCAUUUGUCAAUUUUCGCAGUGAAGCCAAUCGAGUGAUAUACGGCGAAGAUGUUUAUGUGGGCUAUCGUUGGUAUGAGUACUGCGACAAACAGGUGCUUUUCCCUUUCGGCCAUGGCCUGAGUUACACGACAUUUGAGAUAUCUUCGCUGUCGCUUGACUGUGAUCAGGACGAAAUUUAUGUCUCAGUUGAUCUCAAGAACACAGGCAACAAGGAUGGAGCACAUGUUGUGCAGAUUUACGUCUCGCCACCACAGUCUAGAGUUAACCGACCGCGAAAAGAGCUCAAGGGAUUUUCGAAGACAUUCUUGCGGCAUAACUCACAGCAGAAAGUUUUGAUCAACAUCAAUCGAAAGUACGCAACUAGUUACUGGGAUGAAACUCGUCAUUCUUGGAUCGAAGAAGAAGGAGAAUAUACUAUCUACGCUGGAGAUUCCAGUGUGUCUACUCCUUUGAGCGUGAAGCUCCACGUUGCUAGUACGUCUUGGUGGUCGGGACUAUGA